AGAAAGCAAAGAAAAGAAAAGAAAAGAGAGAAAAAGUUGCAGCACGAGAAAUUUUGUACGUGUAUCGUGUCUCUCGCUCUCUACAUAUGUGUCUCCCUGUGUGUGUAGUGAAGUAAAGUGAAAAGCAAUGCUGAAAGGAAUUAAAAACAACAACAUCAGCACCGAGUUUACAAUAAAUAUAACAGUAAACGGAUUUAAGGGCCACGCGUGGGAGGUAACCACAAAGAAAGGAAACCUUUAAUAUUGGAACAUCUCAAGACCAACCACCAUGGAACCCAAUAGACAUCACGAAUAUCAGACGCAUCAUCAGCCGCAUCAUCCGUCGAUGCAGCAGCAUCAUCCAACGCAUCCGCAUCACUCGCAAGCGCACCACCAGCAGCCGAUCCACCAGCACCACCCGCCACCACCGCCACCACAGCAGCAGCCAAUCCACCAGCAGCAUCCACAUCACUACCAGCAGCAGCAGCAGCAGCAGCUGCACCACCAUCCCACCAGCUCCACAACAGUGGGGAGUUCCUCCUCGUCCUCCUCCUCCUCCUAUGGCAAUCAUCAUCAUCCUGAGGAUCAGCGAUCCAGGACAACGAUGUACAUGAACAGGAGCACUCAACCGGGUCAACCUGGAGGCCUGCAGGGACCAGGAUACGGCGCCUGUGGCAGUGAUCCCCACCUGCAGUACUACACCUCAAACCAAAAUUUAGCAGUGAAAAAGAUGCCCGAUCCGCAUCCCAGUUGGAGUUACAAGAGUCAGGCUGUGCCAGCUCCUGCGCCGGCGCCUGGUCUGCGUCAUCAUGGGAAUCCUGCCAUUUAUACAACGGGUAGCUCAGCCUAUUGGCCGCCAGCCGAUGAGCAGCUGCAUCAUCACCAGCAGCCGGCUAGAUACUCUUACGGCAAGCCACCGCCAGGAGGAGGAGGAGGAGGAGGAGCUGGUUCCAGAGCAAUGCCAGGACCUUUGCCGGGACCAACUAACCAGCGAUAUUAUAGUGAGGACAUCAAGUACUCCACUGUACCUGCAGCAACCAAGGUGCUUACCUAUGCACCGCCCGCCGCUAGCUCCUCCUCAUCCUCGUCAUCGAUACCCACCGCCAGCUCAGCGCCAACCAGUUCCAAUUCCUCAUCCGUCCGUCACUAUGAACUGGAGCAUGUUGUGAAUCCUAGUAAUCCCAGCAAUGAGCACCAGCAACCGAGUCCCAAUUAUGCGAGGAAAUGUCCACCACACUAUGAGACACCGCAGCAAAGGAGUGCCGGAGCCACGCCCACAUCAACGGGAACGCCGCCCACAUCCGGAACCACACCCACAUCCGCAACGCAUCACCAUCAGAGUCUUUAUAUGCCGAUGCCGACAUUUAGUACGGAAAAAUUCCAAAAUACCGUGCACAAUGCCAUCGAGAAGUAUGUGAGAGAGGCCCCGGGACCCAGUUUGGAGUAUCCCCGAGGGGGAGCAACCACUUAUGGACGUGCUGCUGGAUCCUACUACAGCCAGCAGCCGGUGAAGAGUUCCAAAGCGACACCAGCUGCAACCUCUAGUUAUGUUACUGAACCAGAACAUGCAUCCCUCGCAGGCGGUAGUUUGCCGCAGCCUACAAGAUCCUCGCUAUAUCACAAUCCCUACAAUGUGGAGAGCCGUGAAAGGGAUACAUCGCCGGCAAUGCUGGCCACAGUACCCGCACCUGCGCCCCAUGGUUACCCCACCAAGUACGAACUCAUACAGCAACAGCAGCAUGGAGCUGGAGUGGGAACGAGUAGCAGUUCAACGCCUUAUACAAGUUACUAUCACCAGGGAACACCGUCGCCAGCAGCUGGAGCGGUGGCCUCACCCACACCAGCGCCACCACCGGCAGGAGUUCCUGGAACGAUCUUAGGUCCAGGGAGCAACAGUCAUCAACAGCCUGCACCAUCCUCAUCCUCAUCAGCCUCCAGUAGUGCAAAUUACUCCACUUUGCAAGUGUAUCCCCAUGGACCGGAUAUAUGCUAUCAUCAGCCUGGUAGUCAAUCCCAAAGCCAGAGUCAUCCUGCCAAUAAUCCUGCCAAGAAAGCACCAGCUGCAGCCAAACCCAACUAUCGAGCACUGAUCAAUGAUAUGCUUAAGCGAAGUACGGCCAGUGAACAGGAAUUGAAUUUGCAAAUCAUUAAGAAGACUCUCAAUAUGGAGGCGCCGCCAAGGAAUCAUCAAUCAGGCUCGAGUAGAGUCAUCCAGCCACAACAGGCACCUCCUUCCCAACCAGUUACCUCAGCACCUCCACCACCACCACCGUCAGCUCUUCAUUCGCCGCUGGAUUUAUCCAUGCGAACGGUGAAGCAGACGGAUUCCACCGAGUACACGUAUCACCAGAGGCCAAGCACAACGGAUCACAAGGUGCCACUCGGUGGUGGCCUGGGAUUGCCCAGAUUCGAUAUAACACCAAAUUUCUCGGCAGCAACCAGGACAGGAGGAGCAUCCACCGCCGUGAUACGACAAGCGCCAGCUCCUUCUCUUCCACCCACGGUCUCAUCAGUUCCUCAUCCUCCGCCCGUGCCAGUGGCUGCACCAGCUUUGGUGAUCAAAACACUGCAACAAAUGCGUCCCAGUGUUUUGGAAACGAAUCCAUAUGCCAAGCGACAGCCACCAGAGACUAGUAUCGUUCAAGUGAAGAAGCCACCAGCGGAACUAAUACCACCCACACCCUCACCCAGUCCCCACAAUAGCAGCAAUCCCAACUAUUUGGGCAGGAAGAGGCAUCUCCAGGAGUACAAUCAAGCGGCAGCCAAGCAGGCCAGACUGGAGGCAGAAUCUCUGGGAAAUGCAUCACUCAUUCCUGCUCCUCCAGCUGCUGCCUCUGCACCCACUUCGGUGGUUGUGGUGGCUCCAGUACCUGUGAUUGCUGUCAACGAACAGGCGCUGGCCGCCAGGCGCGAAAGGGAAAAGCAACCCGAAUCAACUUCCUCCAUAACCAUUAAUCCAAUGCCCAAAAUGGAACCCAGAAUAAGGACCAAGGCUGAGCUCAAAGGUUUCACAUUUACACCUCCGCCUGUCCUUGUAACUUCCACAACGACCACUAGGACAGCUUCACCGCCCAGGACACCACCUAACCAUCAGAUAACCAAUAAUAUUCAAAUCAAAUUAGAGCCAGCGCCAACGCCAAUACCAAAAGCUGCUGACUUGGGCCUGGAAGAUGAAGCCGGUGCCAGUUUGGGUAACCUACUAGACUGGGGCAGUACCUGCAAUAAUCUCGUAGAGCAGCUGCUCACCAAAGUGGUGGUGACAGUGCCUCCAACCAGUAUCAAGUUGGAGAUUAGUGAAGAUGAUCUGCCAGUGGCACGCAUACUCAAACGUCAACCGGAACCCAUUCCACCCAUUGCGGAUGCCGAGAUGUCAGCCACAACCCAACUGACCACCACCACAAACGGUGUCUCCUCAUCCUUGGGCAACGGCAGUGCCCAGAAGAAGCUCAGCAAAGUGGAGCGAGAGAAGAAGCGAUUGCAGCAGGAACAAAGAAUAGCGGCACGAUUGGCACCCAAACAGGGACAAAGCAGCUCCUCGGAAAGUGAUACCACAGAGCUGCAUAAGAGGAACACAGCCAGGCAGAAGAAACCUAUGCUAAGGAAGGGAAGAACUCGGCAGAGAUCACCCGAAGCAGAAGCAGCCAGUAGCGAUGAUGAGGACGAAAAGGAUAAGCAGAAGCAGCAGCAGCAGCAAAAGAAGAAGGUUAAUCUACGUCCUAGUCGCAGUCAGACCUCCGGCGAGGAGAACAAAACCAAAGCAGUUAGCUCCUCCACCAAGAAGGAAGCUAAAAAGGAGGCCAAGACACCCAAUAACAAGGUCAACAAUAACACUUCAGUGACCAAGACCAACAAAAAGCAGACAGAGAUAACCUCAGGACAACCAAAGGUCAAAGUCGAGGAGAACCAUGAAAGCAGUUCCUCAGACAGUCACGAAGAAGAUGAGGAAGAGGACGAGGAAGACGAAGAGGAGGAGGAGGAGGAGGAGGAAGAGGAGGAGUCCGAAGAAGACGAAAAGGAGCAGAACAAGGACACGGACAAGAAGAAGGAGAAACCGUGUGGACGUCGUCCUGGUCAUACCCUGGUCAAUAAGCGCAUUGCCCACAAACUCAACACAAUGACACGCUCCAAACAUCGCAAGGAACUUGAACUCCAGUUGGCCAACAGCAAAGUCCUUCGCAAUGACAAAAUCAUUCGUAAUUCCACCACAAAAAUCAAAAGGAAAUAUGUCCGUAAAGUGGUGGACAGCAAAAAGGAUCUAAUGAUGGUCACUCGUUUGAGAAACAAACGUGGCUUGAACUCCGAGCACCUGGGAUUAAACGCGAAUGCCAAACUAAAGGGCAACAACAAGGGUAAUCCUGGUAAGCCGGCCAAAACCUCGCCCCAACAGCAAUUGUACCUGGAGGAAUAUCGCUACAAGUUGGCCCUGAAGAUACCCCAUCGCCUGAUCUCCAUAAAUAAACUCAACAAAGUGGCUGCCUCGCUGCCAGAUCUAGAGCGACGUGAUCUCGGCCAGGAAUUGGCAUGUUUCAAGAGGAAUAAACCCAAAACAAAGGCAGCCAGCAAGCAAAUGGAAUCCUCCAAUCAGCCCAAGUCCAUCAUUGAUGUACUCCAUUUGAGGGUAACCAAUGGAAGUAGUACUCCUCGUAAGACCUCCGUCUCGGCACCAGCUUCCACGAAUCUUCAAAUCCAUAGUGAAACCUCACAAACCUCCGCCUCAACAUCGCUCUAUGAGCAUCCGCAGCAGCAACAGCAACAGCAGCAGGAAUCUGGAGCCGGGGAUAGCCAAUCCUUGGAUGAUCCCAGUCGCAGGCUUAGUAUCUUCGACACAAAGGUCUUGCAGAGUAAAACCCGUACGGAAUCCAAGUUGCAGCAGCGCCGAGAGAUUAUUCGUGAGAUUUUUGUGGGUCCCGAGCGUCCGGCUUCAGCGCCACCGGAAUGUGCCCAGAACGAGGCAGCUGGAGAUGGUGACGAUGAUGCCAUUAGCUAUCAGAAAUAUGAAGAAUUUCUACAGCAAAUGAACAGCAUUGUGAGUGCCAAUGACAACAAGCUGGCCAGGAGAUCCCUCAUGGAGGAUCAUUCAGUCACAGCACCGCAGUGUCCGCACAAGAGGAAAUAUAUGCGAAGGAAGGGCAGCUCCGGCUUUGAUUACAUACGAAAAAAGAAGCGACCAACGCAGCAAAACAAUAAUCAAAGCCAGCAGAACCACAGUCAAGCUCAAAGUCAAUCCUCCAGCAGUCAAUUAACUCAACAUCUCCUCGAGAACAAUCAGAGUGCAGCGGAUGAGAGGCUGGAUGAUACGGAUAGCACCAUUGCCGGCAGUAGUCAUUUGCCUCUGAAGAUCAAAACGGAGAUGGAUGUGUGCCGGGAAAUUCAGAAAUGGGUGCUCAACAAGGGUGUGGGUCAGAGUACCAUGCACACCGCUCGCCAGGGAUUAAUCGAUGGUGUCUAUUGCUUGGAUCGCAUGAAUAUGAAUCCAGAUCAAAAGGAUAACGCUGGUUACCCACUCCAUGAGGCUUGCACUCAGGGCUGGCUGGAGAUUGCCCGGAUACUGCUCCAAUUUGGUGCCAAUCAUUCGGAGGCUGCCCAAUCCGGGAUUAGGCCCCUGCAUGGUGCCAUCGAGAAUGAUCAUGAGGAGGUGGUGCGUCUAUUGCUGUCCUAUGGUGCCGAUCCGUUGCUGGCAACGUACUCAGGUCAAACCCCGCUAAUGUUAGCUUCAAGCAAGUUAAUGCGAGGCAUACUGCGUGCUCAUCUCAGCGAUGCACAAAGUGCCGCUGCUGACAUCAAGCCAAUGCGAUUCCAUGGCCCUUGGGAGAUCUUUGAUGCUAAGGAGUAUGGUUAUGAUAUAUUCGAUAAUGUACCGAACACAGCUUGUGAUAUGAGCAGAGCUCUACGUAGAGAAAGGAAGGAUAAGGCCGUGAAGCAGGAGCAGGCGCCUAGGAUGAUGAGCACCAGUCAUAGUAAUUUGCCAAAUGCCAAUGGCAAUAGUAAUAAUAAUGGCUUAUUACCAACCAAAAAGGAAGAGCACGACCAGGAGCCAAAUGGUUUAACGAUCAAGCAAAAUGGCGAGACCACGGGGAGAUCAACAACGACAAUGCUGGUUAAAUUGGAGCCAGGAAUCGAAGAAGAUAGCAAUAAUAAUAAGAACAACGAUGAGCUGAAUGCUGGAAAUAUUGAAAAUAAUUUAGUAACAAGCGUUGUGAAUGUCAAGAAUGAAGUGAAAAAGGAGUUGCUGGUGGAUGCUGAAAUGGUAGCGGAAACGGAAGCGAAUAGGAAUAGGAGUAAAAGUAGGCUAGACGACGAUCAGAUGACGGACAACGAGACAAUGGAUAAUGAAUUGAAUGGUGAUAUUUUUGAAUUUGAAGAGGCCGAUGUGCCAUUGCCACCACUGUACUUGCUCAAAGACGAGGGCAGUGAUAAAUGGGUAUUACUCAACGAUUUGUGCAAUUUACUUAAAGUUAAAUCCAAGGAUACGUUGCUCAACAAGCUCUGUCCAAACAACAACAACAAUGCACUGGCAGUUAGCAGUCAAAAGCAUCUACUUCGGGAUUCAAAAUCGAUAUUUCUGGAGAAGGCCACCUGCCUGCAGCUACUUUGUGCUGGCGAAAAGCUGAACAUGUUCAGCUCCUCGAAGGUUGUGCUAAUCAAAUACAACGAUAGUGUGCGGAACUUGUUGGGCGUCAAAUCCAUUUUAAUGAAAUUUUAACCAAGAUAUGGAAGAAGGAAACCUUAGACAAAUGAUGAACAGAUAAUGAAAUAGAUUUGUAAAGUGCAAAAGAAUGAUGGAGAAAACUAUUAGUACGAAUAUAAUUAUAGAUUUAUAUAUUACUAUACAUGCAUAUAUGUAUAUUUUAGCUAGUAACUAGUUUAUACUCUCCCCGUAACCCUCAACCCAUCCCUACCGUCUUUGUCUUUGGAAGAUAAAGUCGUUUUUUAAA